GAGGUCAUUAUGUAUACUUUCCAACAAUGUGUGUAUUAUCUUACUAAGACCUUGUAUGCAGCUUUGCCAGCCCUUCUGGAGAGCAAUCCUUUUACCGAUCCUGCCAGUCUGUCUGAUGUAGGAGAGCUGAGCAAUAUGCCAGAAGGCACACGUGGAACUCUUGCCAUUUACCAGGCUACACUGGACUUAACUCGGGAAUGUGAACUGCAUCCAGAUCUUGUGUCCCAAACAUUUGGCUAUCUCUUCUUUUUCUCUCCAAUGCAUCACUCUUCAAUACCCUAAUGGAAAAAGGUAACGGGGAACCAUUCUACCAGUGGUCAAAGGCUGUCCAAAUCCGCACAAACCUUGAUCUGGUUCUGGACUGGCUCCAAGGAAUAGGUCUUGGUGACAUUGCAACAGAAUUCUUCAGAAAGUUAUCAGCAACAGUAAACUUGCUGUGUAUACCUAAAACCAGUCUCUUAAAGCUUUCCUGGAGCACUCUGAGGAAUGAUUAUCCUGCACUAAGCGCUGCUCAGCUGAACCACUUGUUGAGAAACUAUCAUCUAGGAGUGGGACGGUCACAUCCAGCUGCUUGGGACCCCCCUGAAGAGGAAAAGGAUGAGAUCACAAACACAGAUAUCUUUGAGAGCUUCACAGAUCAUCCUCCACUUAUCCUGCCCUGUGACAACUUCCGCAUGCAGCUCUCACAGCCAUUAACCAGUGAUGCCUUCCACAAGCAGCUAUGUCAUCUCCGAUAUUUUGUGUGGGACCUGGAGCAGAAAUCCUUGCCAGCUAACCAGAGGGCCCUGUACAGGGUGGACACCAGUCAGUAG